AUGCAACAACCAGGGUUACAUUCCAACACGAUUCAACAACAAGCGUUUCUAUCAAGUCAUCCACAAGUAAACAUAGCUGAGCUACCGCAGUCAAUGAUGAUUAAUCCAACAGUAUCCUCAACACCAAUAUCAGCCAGCACCAAGAGAGGGCGCAAUGACACUAGUGGUGUUUCGGAGUCGAAUACUCAAGUGCGACCUCAAUAUCAACAGAUCACUCGAAUCGUUAACUCCAAUAAUACACAGAUUAAACGUCUUCGAGGUAUGAACCAGCCAAUUUUUCAGCCAACAGAUAACAUACAACAACCUACAAUUGCAGCAUGUCGUUUUGCAACUACAAGAUUUCCUUUUUCACCAUUCUCGGUAAUAUUUGCACAAGAAGCACGUGAAAAACUCGUUAUCGAUGAUCUGACGAAGUUUAUUCGUGAAAAUGUUAAUUUCGAAUUAAAAAUGAUAGCAUAUAGAAGAGGAAGAUCAGAAAACAACGAGUGUCGCAUUUUGAUCUUCGUUGAGAAUAGUGAAUCGUUCUUAUGUUUAUAUAAUCAACAAAACUGGCCAGAGUUGUUAGCAGGUGUCAAGUAUACAACAAAGAGACCAUCAAUUCCUCCACAGCUGGCGUUGGUUCUACCCUAUGUAUCACUACAAGUGGACUGGGAAGAAUUCGUUCAAGAACUGAAAGACAAGUACCCUGAUAUAGCUGCUAUCAUUCGAUUAAAAAAUAAAGCCCAACAGCCAAUACGUGCAGUUAAGUUAGAGUUCUUAUCAACGAAAUUACGUGAAGAAAUUCUUGAAGCAGGUGAAAUAUCGGCUAUGCAUAUAAAGUACAAGGUGGUUGAAUUUUUUGCUCAAGCAAAUGUACUGAUCUGCUCCAACUGUUAUGGAAUAGGGCACUUUAGAAAGAACUGUCCUCAGAAAAAUGAAUCAACAUGUAAAACCUGUGGUGAAAAAUGUGCAAAUUUAAAGGAUCAUCUAUGUUCCGGUGUGCUAAAAUGUGUUCAUUGUGGUGGACCACAUAUCUCAAAUGAUGCAAAAUGUAAAGUAGUACAAGAUUAUCGGACUGCUCUUACGCGUAACCUGCUAUCAAAAUGGGACCAAGCAAACAUAGAAAAUCCAAAUUCAGGUCAAAUGUAUAGCAGCACUACACCGUUUGCUACGACAACAAGGGGAAUGUCAUAUACAAACGUGGUUAAAAUGACACCAGAAAACACAAACGCAAAUGAAAUAGUUCUCAAGAAACUAGAUAGUGUUUUAGCGAAAGUAGAAGAAGAAUCCAAUGCAACCCGUCAUUCAAUAGAAGAAUUUAAACAAGAAAUGAGAAAUCGUUAUGAUGAAACAAAGCAACAAGUGGAAGUAUUAGAAGAGAAAGUAAAAAAAAUAGAGAAGAAUUUUGAUAACUUUUCAGUGAGAAUUGGUGAGAUAAUUCAAAACAUAUGUUCUACACUAUUAGAUCCACAAACUUCACAAGGACAGCAUUGGAAAACGUAUUGGCAAGAACAAAUAAAAACAUUGGUUGAAGUCAGAUCGUCCUUAUCGAAGUCGUCGAAAUGA